AUGGAUAUUGCAAUUGGGGGUGAGAAGGUGGAGAAACAGAAAAUAGAUUCAAGUUAUGCACAAACAGAAGCAUCAGGAAGUUUUGAUAAAGAUGAAUCCAGGCUAACCACUGAAGAAAACAUUGCCAACAAACUUUAUGACAGUACUCCUAGUCAAACUCAAAGUUUUGUUGGGGUCCAUGACCCAGAGAGUGAACGUUUGAAAAUUGAUGUUUCUUCCUCAAAAAUAGUUGACAAUAUGCCAAAUGUAAAUUCCGAUGGAGUCACCAAGAUUUCUCUCAUGGUUGUAAACAAUACAGAUGAGGAUAACAACAUCGAAGGAAAUGCUCUAGAAGAUGACGUCAGUGAGACAUCUCAGACUGAGAGCCAACUGGGUGAUGAUGUUGCUCCCACAGAUGUGCAAUAGAAGUAACUCAUGGAAUACUGUUAAAAAUUUUAUUUACUGUCAUAUCGUCAAUUUCAUAUACUUAUAUCACCAUCAGUGAAUUCAAAAUAAGUAACUUCACCAAUGUUAAUUGAUUUGUGAAAAAUGUGAACAUGAUAUGCAUGUUCUGUGGUUGUACAUUCCACGUGUCAAGAUUUAAUUUUUGAAUUUAUAAUAAAUCCUAGAUCAACAUUUUUUGUACCUCAAUCUUCCUGGUUGUGCAGGGGAAUGAGCUUUCAAUGUCAUUUAAUUAACCACUAACUUCAAAUUUGAUCUAAGAUGUAAUUGUAAGGUUAUUUUCCCAUGUAAGCCAACAUACAUGUAGUUACAAUAUAUUUCAUGUAAUUUUUUAUUGAUAUAUUAAGGUGAUACUUGGAGGGUCAAACUUCAAUUUUGUAUUUACUUAUAACAAUAUUAUGCAUGACCUCACAUGAAAAAUACUUAUUUAUUUUCUUGUUAAAGCUUGUUAAAGUCACCUAUGACAUUCCUUAGAUAUAGUUACCUAUAAUGUGGCUGUCACACUUAGGUCGUGUGGGCUCACUGUUCACCAAUGUGUGAAUACUUUGGGCAGACGGUGGGGCACAG